GAUUCUCGGUUACACUAGCAGUGUGUGUUUAUAUUUUUAAAUCAGCGUAAAACUACUUUUUAGCAGACAAAAAACGUGCCUAGCUUUUUUUUUUAUCCCUCCUCUCUUUCCGUACCAAAUGUGGAAAUCGCGCAUGCGUGUUAGACGUCACUGCGCCACAUUCCCCGCUUUUCCUCGCAGACCUUCACAGCAAGUACUAAAGAGCAAGUCGCCGUAACCCGCCGACUAAAUCACACAUGAACGGCUUUUAACCGUAUUUAUGAGGAGCAACGAGAAGGCUUCGAAACUCAACUAAAUCUCCCUGUCCAGUUGAUGCUCACUUCAUCGCCAUGGCAACAGAAGACAAGAAACCAGAGACGGACACGAAACCUCCAGUGGCGUCGUCAGCAUCCGCCAGUCAGAGCAAGUCCGCUCCUGCCAAGCCCAACUACAGUCUGAAGUUCACAUUAGCGGGCCACACUAAAGCCGUGUCCUCCGUCAAGUUCAGUCCCAGUGGAGAGUGGCUCGCCAGCUCCUCUGCUGAUAAACUCAUUAAAAUCUGGGGAGCAUACGACGGCAAGUUUGAGAAAACCAUUUCCGGACACAAGCUCGGCAUAUCUGACGUAGCGUGGUCGUCUGACUCCAACCUCCUGGUGUCUGCGUCUGACGAUAAGACUUUGAAGAUCUGGGACGUCAGCUCGGGAAAAUGCCUGAAGACCCUAAAAGGUCAUAGCAACUACGUCUUCUGCUGCAACUUCAACCCGCAGUCCAAUCUGAUCGUUUCAGGAUCGUUUGAUGAGAGUGUCCGAAUAUGGGAUGUAAAGACCGGGAAGUGUUUGAAAACAUUGCCAGCUCAUUCAGACCCUGUCUCUGCGGUCCACUUCAACAGAGACGGCUCACUGAUUGUGUCCAGCAGCUACGACGGACUUUGCCGAAUUUGGGACACAGCAUCUGGGCAGUGCUUAAAAACCCUCAUAGACGAUGACAACCCGCCUGUGUCGUUUGUCAAGUUUUCCCCCAACGGAAAAUACAUCCUGGCUGCGACGCUCGACAACACUCUGAAGCUGUGGGACUACAGCAAGGGAAAGUGCUUGAAGACGUACACGGGCCAUAAAAACGAGAAGUACUGCAUAUUUGCCAACUUCUCAGUCACGGGUGGGAAGUGGAUCGUGUCGGGCUCUGAAGACAACAUGGUGUACAUCUGGAACCUGCAGACAAAGGAGAUUGUGCAGAAACUGCAGGGCCACACAGACGUGGUCAUUUCGACCGCCUGCCACCCGACAGAGAACAUCAUCGCUUCUGCGGCGCUAGAAAACGACAAAACUAUCAAACUUUGGAAAAGUGAUUGCUAAAAAAACCCCCGACUUUUAUCAUUUUUUGAACUUGUUUUCUAUUUUGUAUAAAACAAAAAUGACUUUCUUUUUUUUUUUUUUUUGACCAGUUUUGUGUCGGACGGAAUAAACUCAAUUCAGAUCUUCACCCUGACACGUUCAAACCUCGGUAUUGUGGGUCAUCACGACCUGGUUUUAGUGCUUCAUGCGUCAUCGUCACCCGGACGUUCAAAUAUGGUCUUGUACAAAAAAAAUAAAAGGUCACUUUUGCCUGUUA